AUCUCAACAGGAAGUAGAUGCUCCCCAAACUUCCGCCAAGGAUGCGCGAAACCCUCUGAGGGAUUUCCCUUUAUUUGAUAUCCUUGUUGAUUUCCAAUACAGAAAAAAUACACCGACAAAAGACUAGAAACACAGCGACAGUCAUGUCAGAGACGUACGAUUUCCUGUUUAAAUUUCUUGUGAUUGGGAAUGCAGGAACUGGAAAAUCAUGUCUUCUUCAUCAGUUUAUAGAAAAAAGAUUCAAAGAUGACUCGAAUCACACUAUAGGGGUUGAAUUUGGCUCAAAGAUUAUCAGUGUGCUCAACAAAUUUGUCAAGCUCCAGAUCUGGGAUACAGCAGGACAGGAGCGUUUCAGGUCUGUAACACGUAGCUACUACAGAGGGGCAGCAGGGGCUCUUCUGGUUUAUGACAUCACUAGUCGAGAAACAUACAACGCUCUAACCAACUGGCUAACAGAUGCCAGAAUGCUGGCCAGCCAGAACAUCGUGAUCAUACUGUGUGGAAAUAAGAAGGAUCUGGAUGCUGAUCGUGAAGUCACCUUCCUGGAGGCCUCACGCUUUGCUCAAGAGAAUGAGCUCAUGUUUUUGGAGACUAGUGCCCUAACAGGAGAGAACGUGGAGGAAGCUUUCGUCCAGUGUGCUCGAAAAAUCCUAAACAAAAUAGAGUCAGGAGAGCUUGAUCCAGAGCGGAUGGGUUCAGGAAUCCAGUAUGGGGAUGCAGCGUUGCGGCAGCUGCGUUCUCCCAGACGUGCACAGGCAGAAAGCGUGCAGGAGUGCGGCUGUUAGCACAGAUACCCAGACAGAUGACCAACCAGGCAGGUUUUGUGAACACUAGGAAGAUAUUAAUGAGGAGUGUGACAUGAGGCUCAUCAUGAUAGAGCAACUGUUUCCCUCAACUUACUUUAACUUCUGUUCAGACAUGCCGAGGGUCCCAAUGUACAUCAGAAGGCACUGGAAAAUGUUUACUUCUCCCUUCGGGCCCAGGCAAAGACAUCCGUGGUACCCCAAACCUAGAGGGUAGUUAAAAGACCCAGCCCUUGAGAUUACUGCACUGAGACCCUGCCCUAUCCUUUCAUUUUAAAUGUGUAGAUCUUGUGUAGAGAAGAUAUUAUAUUAUCACUAUGGAGCAUGUUUCCUGGUUGCAGUACUACAUUAUUAUAAAUUACUAUACACAGUAUAUAUAUAUAUAUAUAU